AUGGCUAAAGCUGGUUAUUAUUAUUCACCAUUAAAACAUAAUGAUGAUCGUGCAUUAUGUUUUACUUGUACUGUAACACUUGUUUAUGAUGAUGAUGAUUUAAUAAAUAAUGAUGAACAAUCAAUAAUAAGUGAUAAGAAUGAAAAUUUAGAAAUUGAAUGUGAUGAUAAUAAUGAUCUUAAUGAUGAAUAUCAAAAAAAAGAACAACAUUCAAAUAAAAUAUUAAAACGAAUAUGUUUUUUUUUAAUUUGUUUUAAAUCUGGAUAUUUAAUACUUUAUGAUGCUUAUCGUACAACAUCUUUAGAUAAUAAUCAAGAAGAUAUUAAUAUUGAUAUUCUAACAAAUAGAUAA